AACCAUGGCAACGCAAGUCAAAGUUAGCUAACAGUUAACUUAGUACCGAAAUGAUCUCCAAAUAUUGUAGCGUUACGUCUUUUUGUAAACGUUAUCGUUAUUUGAGUUUGUAUCAGUCCAAAUGUAUAUUGGGGCCUGUUUAAAAAGGAAACAACCAAACUCUCAACAACAACAAACAAAACAUGAUUUCCCAGGUAAUUUAAAACUAAUUGCGUGUAAAAACUAACAAUGUCUGAGCCACGAAACUCCACCUGUUCAUCUUCAAAAACAGAAGAAAGAUGUUCAACGCCCGACAUUUUGAUUUCUGAGAGCGAUGAGAGGUUUUUCCGAUCUCUGGAUGAGUUUAUCGAACAAGAGAAACGGUGCCUGCGGUGUCCGGAGAAGGGACCGGACGACCUCCGGUACACCGUCUACCGUCACGUGUUUAAUAAGGUGAUUGGACGAGCGACGGGCUACAAGAGACUUCUGCUGACCAUAAAGGCGGAGUACGAUGAUGUAAUCAGGGCGCUGCAGAGGAGGGAUGAUGAGGCCAGGGCGGCUCGGCGAACUCUGGCGGCCUCCACGUCACAAUCAAAAUCAGUAACAACCUGCCAGGGACGAGCCACCCAACUGAGGGAGAGAAUAUGUGUCACUCAGAGGGACACAGCAGAACUUCAAGAGGAGAUGAAGAGACAGAAAUCAUCUCAAGAGCAGAGCACAUGGAUACCUGGUUUGACGGUAGCGGAAUCAGAGGACCCAGAGGCUCUGGAUCGACACCUGAAGCAUCUUGAAUCCCAGAGAGCUGCUCUGCUGGACAGGAAGAGUCACUGCGUCUCUCUGGAGGUCAAAGCUAAGCAGGACGCAGAGCUGCAGACCGCCAAGGACCACAGAGACCAGCUGGACACCAAGAACUACCAACUGAAAGUCCUAUACAAGCGUCUGAGAUUAGUGUCUCACUGUGUGUCCAGCUGGGAGGGCGAGAAUCAGCAGGUUCCCCUGGAGGAACUCUUGGGUUCCACCCUGGAGAACAUCAGACAGACCAACGUCACGGAGGAGGAAGGCCGCAGCAUCGACGCCAAACUGUUGGAGCUCAAAGAGCCGACCGGAGCCGACGAGUCUAAACUCCUGGCAGCUUACCUGAACAGGUUCAUUGAGCUCUUUGAUUCGGCGCAGUAUGAGGAAGCUGCUUUCGUCGCCGCUCGAUCUCCUCGAGGAGUCCUGAGGAACCUCGACACCAUGGAGAUGUUUAAAGGUGUGACGGGCCCGCCGGGCUCUCUCCCCCCUCUCUUCCUCUUCCUCCAGGCUCUACUGGUGACCCUCCCGGACGGUGACGAGCUGCCAGCUGCUCUCUCCCUGCAGCUCGUGCACAGUUCCCUGCAGCAGGGCGCCACGCAGCUCAUCACCCACGCUGUCAACAACAACAAACUGACCUUCUCUGAGGGUUUGGGUGACAUCCUGACUGAGCAUGCUCAGAAGAACCCCGGCGUGGCUGACCUGUGCCUGGCGUUGGCCACCACCGUCUACAUGGCCUGCAGGCUGGACAGGAAGACCGCACUAAGCCUCUGCAGGAGAGGCUUCAUCCACAGCGCCGCCGAGUUCAUGAACCACUGCCAGGACCUCUCAGCUGAGGACUGUAUGUGGGUUCUGUAUCGCUCGCCCAGCCUCUCCCUCCUCCAGCUGUUGACGACGCCUCAGCAGGGCCAGGCGGCCAUCUUGUCGGUGGGCGUGGCCUGUUACACUCUGCUGGCUGACCCUCAGCAGCAGCUCGCUCUGCAGCUCCUGGACAGCUUCGUCAGCAAAGGACGAGGGGUUUUGGAGGAGGUAAUCCUGCAGGACAGCAGCUCUUCAGUGGACGUUUGGACUGUCGUGGCGUCUCUGUGCUCUGAGCUGAACCGGGCUGACCUGAGCCGCGCCAUCCGGUCCGUUCUCCUGGACCAGAGCGGGACCAGAAUCCUGUCCCCGGACCCGGAGGGAGCCCGGCUCAUGGAUCACGUCUUCCUUUAAAAAAUGAAGCUGAAAGGUAGAAUAAUCACCGAAACAUCACCUGAAAACUUAAUAAACGAAAUAAUUGAAUAUUUUUCCUUCAUCUUUAAUAUCAGAAUCUCUUAGACUGAAAUAUCAAAUCGAAGGACCUUUCAAUUCAUUUCAAUGUUUAUGUGGUGAAAUAUAAAGACUUGGUUGUGUGUUUGUGUUGUAACUAGUCUCGCAUCGCCAGACCUAUUUUCACUGUGCCCUGUCAGCGCUAAAGAAAUGCUUUACACAUUAUCAAUCUGGAGUCGGGGGAAAAUAAUGAUCCGGCUUGUUUUUAGUUCUUUAAACAAUCACAAUAAAAAAAGUCCCACAUUGCACAAAAGUAGAACGGCAGAAUGAAAGAGCUCUUUUUUAUCUUUAAAUGUGCUUUUUACCCAUUUUGAUAAUCCUGAUCACAGACAUUUGAUCCUUCAGUUAUCUAGGAGACCUUUGACCUUUGCUCUUUGCUUUGCUUCAGUGAGAUGACUCAGUUAAAAAUCUGAAGUAGUGGCGGCUGACUGACAGCAGGUGGCGAACAGACUCACAA